GCGUGACGUCACACAACCUGCAUCCUAGUGUUGUGAUAUGGCGAUCUCGCAUAAAGCCCAUUUGAUAAAGGCGCAACCAAUAUGUUAUCAAGAAAAUACUGAGUAGAAAUGAUGCUGGGAGGAAGAAAAAACAAAAUCGGAGAACUUUAGAGAUCUGAGUCCAGUUGUACAUUGAGUUUCACAUCAGAAACAUCAUGGAAUAUGCUAAUGACCCACUCAGUGAACCAUCUGCUCCUGAAGCAAAUCUGCACAACGAGCACCUUUCACUUUCAGACCAACUGUCUCCUUUGGAAGCACCAUUAGAUAGUAUUGUACAUGGAAUAGAGGCUACAGAAAGUACAGAUCAAACCAGUGGUCUUGAGUUGAAACUGGACCUCUAUGUCCCAGCACCACCAAUAAUAGAACCUAUAACCCCUGUAGAGGAAACAGUGGAGCACUGUGCUUUUCCUGUGGCAACACAAGAGGACAGCACACAACCUGAAGCCGUUACAGAGGAAACCGAUGAAACGGCUGAUGUUGAAGGCUUGCAUUGUGAAAAUCAGUCAAGUCUGGCUGAGUCGAGUACAGAUACUGUGACAGAAGUGGAAUGUGAGCAUGCAUCCAAUGAAUCAGGCUCAUCAGACUGUAAUGCUGCAAGUUGUGUGCUUGAAGAGCCCAUAAGCUCCAGUGAAACACCAAAAAUGUGUGCCAACAUUAAAUCAUCAACUGGAGGUACAGUACACAAUGCCGACAGAAAGAACAUCCCUCCAAAGAAGGACAAAUUUAACCCUCUGAAAAUUGACAUGGCCAAAGUAAUACCUCUCACCUCAUCCCAGCUCUCACUACAAUGCCUAGAAUGUCACAUCAUCUUCAGUGACUCCAAAAGCAAAGAUCGGCACCUUAAAAUGAGCCACCCUGAAGAGUAUCAGCAGUGCAUUCUGGGAGAUGUCCUCUUUACUUGCUAUGUUUGUGAUCAGCAUUUCACCUCCUCCACAGAGCUCAUGGCCCAUCAGCGCACACACACUGGUAAUGAGCGGUUCAAGUGCCCGUUCUGUAGUGAGGCCUUCUACCAAUCCUGUGAGCUAACAAGUCACAAAAAAAAAGUUCACUACAGCAAACAUGGAUACACCUGCUCAGAGUGUGACAAGCCUUUCAAAACCUUUACUUUGCUCAGAUACCACCAACGGGUACACUCAGCGGAAAAGCCAUAUGUUUGCUCACACAAACACUGUGGUAGAAAGUUUUCUGCAUCCAAGUCUCUUCAGAAUCACUUAGAAAAACAUCAAAAAGAAGAUGCCAAGGGUGACCAGACAAAUGCUUCAACCACCACAAAGAAAAAGAGAACUAAAGGUAAAUGA